AUGCUCUUCAGUUCGGUCACUAGUGUCCACAUGGUUGCAAUGGAAGCCACACAGCGCCCGUACUAUUACGACUCAGACACUGAGCCGGCGUUGACCAUGAUUAUGUGCAGUCUUCUUGCCGCCUCCAUGCUAUUUGUGUGGUCAUCGUCGUUUCGGAGGGCAACGGACGGUGCUCGAAUCAUGGUAUUCGCAUGGUUCUUCCUGAUGAUUGUGGGUUUCAUCGCAGGUUUUGUAUACAUGAGCAGCGCCCUCUCUGACGAAUUGCCGGACGAAGAAUUCAAGCGGCAGUAUGAUGUCGAUGCUUCUGACUUAUUUAACCACAUCGCCGUUCUUAUUCAACGUAUCCGCCACGAGAGGGAUACUACUCGUACACAACUCGCUGCCGCCCAUGAAACCAUCGACAACCUUGAAGAGCAGGUAACCCAGCUCAACCUUGACCUUAAUGUCGCUCGCGCCGCCCCCGCCCCUACCGCCCCUGUCCCCGUUGUCGCUGCUCCCCCACCUACUACCGUCUCCACCUUUAGGUCCGAGAAGUUCCCAGACCCUGAAAAAUUUGAUGGUACCCAUACCAAGCUACCUGGAUUCAUCACCCAACUCCAAAUGAAACUUGAGGUCAACGACGAUCGAUUCCGCAACGAGGCAGCAAAAGUUAUCUAUGCCGUCAGCUGCUUGGAAGGAAGGGCCCUUGAUCAGGCCGUUCCACUCGUUAACGCUAACCCUGCUGCCCCCUUCUCCUCUGCCACUGCCUUCGUCACCCACCUGGAAGCCUCGUUUGGAGACCCAGAUCCCCGGGGUACCGCACGUCGCCAACUCGUCGCCCUGAAGCAAUGCAAAGGAGACUUUGCCACCUAUUACUCACAGUUCCUCCGUAUCAUGGCCUAUCUAGACUUCAAUGAAGGAGUCAAGAUCGAUGCCCUAGCUGAAGGACUGUCAGAAGAUCUGAAGGACGCCAUGACAUACCGGACGGAUAGGCUUAACACUGUAGAGGCAUACGCGACUAUGUUAAUGACAAUCGACAACCAGAUUCUGGGCCGUAAGGCUGAACAACGGGCCAUUCGCAACACGAUGGGACAAUUUACUACCCCCGCCGCUGCGGCAGACCCAUUCCAUACCGCUGGAGGUCUCGCCUCAAUGGACCUCUCCACCCUCCAAACUCGUUCCGCUCAACGCCCUACCGCCGAACAACGAUAUACCUUUGUCAAUGGACAAUGCAAAACCUCCGCCGCUGAAAAACAAUGGCGCAGGGACAACAAUCUCUGCAUGUACUGCACCAACCCCGGCCAUGUCUUCGCCAACUGUCCCUCUGCCAAUCGUCUGCGUGGCAACCAACCGGUCAUGAGGAGCGCUCUCCUCGCACCCGCUCAUAAUGCUGCCGACCCCGCUGUUCCGCCGAUCGCCAGACCUUCUAAUGUUUCUCCUUUAUCUGCGUUCUCUAUCUCUGGCUUCUCGGUAUCGUCUGUGGAGCAUAAAUCGGAUGGGGAUCAUUUUGUUGCUUCUUGUAAAAUUGUAAACAAUAAAAUAUCCAUUCAAACCCACGCAUUGAUUGAUACCGGGUGCUCCGGGUUCACAUUCAUUGAUGAAACAUUCGCGCGCCACAAUAGCCUUCCAUUUCUCCCCCUUAAAUCACCCCGCACUAUUGAAGUCAUCGACGAGCGGCCUAUAUCCUCCGGACAGAUCACCCACCUAUGCUACCUACCACUGUCAAUUGACUCCCAUUACGAAACUAUUCCCUUAUUCGUCACCAAACUUGGCUCCUACCCACUCAUACUCGGGAUCCCUUGGCUUCAACUACAUGACGCCACACUGCGGUUCAAAGACAAUAGCAUACUGUUCGACUCCGAAUACUGCAAGCGCAAGUGCAACUUCUCCGCAAAGCCCGUUCCCAUUAAAGGAAUUGCACCACCACUCCGCUUCCACCUCGUCAGUUCAGCUGCCCUCUGCCGUUUUGCUCGAAGGGACAAACUCCAAAUCUUCAGCAUAACUAUAGAGGAAAUCGAUCAAGCUAUGGGCAAGGCCCCCAAGGAAGACUGGAGAAACCGGGUUCCAACCCGGUACAAGAGGUUCCAUAAGAUGAUGGACGAGAAGUUUGCGAACGAAAUACCACCACACUGUUCCUAUGACCAUAAGAUACCGCUCAAGGAAGGAAAGGAACCUCCGUUUGGGCCGCUCUAUUGUAUGUCCCGCGAGGGACUUAUCGUGCUCAAGCAAUAUAUACAGGAUAACCUUGAAAAGGCCUUUAUCCAGGCCAGCUCUUCCCCCACCGGUGCCCCCAUCCUAUUUGUUAAAAAAGCUGAUAGAACACCCCGUCUCUGCAUAGAUUAUCGUGGCCUUAAUGAACUUACCGUAAAAAACCGCUACCCAUUGCCGCUUAUCCGGGAAACUCUCGACUACCUCUCCAAAGCCAAGUGGUACACCAAACGCGACCUUCGUCAAGGGUAUAACCAGAUCUGA